AGUCCAGCUUAAGCUUGAGUUGGUUCAAAUGGGCUUGGGCUGGUUGGCAAAAAAUAGAUAAAUAAUUCCCUCCUUCUCUUCUGGAUUUUCGCGGGAAAUCAUCUGCGGAGCAAGACAGUAAUAACUUGAAAGAGUGAGAGAGAAGCAAUCGAGAAAGAGAGAAAUGGAAAAUGGAGGAGAGCCCAAAUUUCCAGCAUUUCCUUAUAAGCCAUAUUCAAUCCAGAUCGAUUUCAUGAAUGCACUUUAUCACUCUUUAGAUACAGGCGGCGUCUCCAUGCUCGAGAGUCCCACUGGAACGGGCAAAACCCUGAGCAUUAUCUGCAGUGCUUUGCAAUGGGUGCUUGAUCAGAGACAAAAGCAGAAGUCUGAAGAAAGGGUUGAAUCUGAUGAAAAGCAGGAAAAUAUUGGUCAAAUUGGCUCAGAUGAUGAGCCUGAUUGGAUCAAAAACUUUGUUGUAAACAAAGACUACCAAAUGGAUGACAAGAAGAGGAAGAAAAAGAAAUACGGUUUUGCAUCAGCAAAACUCGCAAAAAGAAACAAUAAAGAUAGUAGCAAGGAUUUAUUCUCAUGUGAUCCAGGAGAGGAAUGUUUCAAUAAAAAGAAAGAGUGCAAAAAAUCAGUAAAGAAAACUGAUGCUGAGGAGUUGGGUGAUGAAGAGUUUCUGCUUGAAGAAUAUGAAAGUGAAGAGGAAGGAGAAGUUGGAAGUUCAAAUUCAAAAAGGAAAGCCAGUAAGUUUUCUGUCAGUUCAUCCAGUGAUGAGGAAGGUGAGUCUGAGGAGGAGGAGGAGGAGGAAGUGAAAUUGAAGGUGUUUUUUUGUAGCCGGACACAUUCACAGCUUUCACAGUUCAUAAAGGAGCUAAGAAAGACAGUCUUUGCCAAUGAAAUGAAUAUCGUCUCUUUGGGAUCAAGGAAGAACUUUUGCAUCAAUGAAGAGGUUUUGAGACUAGGCAACCCUACUCGGAUUAAUGAACGUUGCUUGGAGCUUCAGAAGAGCAAGAAAAAGGAAAUUUCUAAAAUCAAGAGUUUAGGUGCAGAGGGAAGAAUACGGCAAACCAAGGCUUCUUCUGGAUGCCCAAUGCUCAGAAAACAUAAACUACAAAGACAGUUUAGGAGUGAAAUUUCUCAACAAGGGGCAUUGGACAUUGAAGAUGUUGUUCAACUUGGAAGAAAUAUAGGAACAUGUCCAUAUUAUGGCUCCCGAAGUAUGAUCACCCCAGCUGAUCUUGUGGUUCUUCCAUAUCAAUCACUCCUUUCAAAAUCAUCACGUGAAGCUCUGGGACUGAAUCUGAAGAAUAAUGUUGUUAUAAUUGAUGAGGCUCACAAUCUGGCUGACUCCCUCAUUAGCAUGUAUGAUGCGAAAAUUACUCUGCCACAGUUGGAGAAGGUGCAUAGCCACAUAGAGAAGUACUUUGGAAGAUUCUGCAGUCUCUUGGGACCUGGAAAUCGAAGAUACAUUCAAACUCUUUUGGUCCUUACUCGGGCUUUCCUCCGAGUUCUAGUUGAUGAUAAGGAUGUGAAUUGUUUAAACACUUGCCCAGAUGCUCAAAGAGGUGUUGGAGAAAAGCAUGGCUUUGACUCUUCCAUGGCCAUAAAUGAUUUUUUAUUCUCCCUCAAUAUUGACAACAUUAAUUUGAUCAAAGUGCUCCAGUAUAUAAAGGAAAGCAACAUCAUGCAUAAGGUUAGUGGGUAUGGAGACAAAAUGACUACCUUGCAGAAAGGUUCAGCGGUCAAGGAAAAUGGGGAAAGUUGUGAUGAUGGUAGCACACUAUCUGGCUUUCGGGCAUUAGCAGAUAUGUUAUUGUCACUGACAAAUAAUGAUGGUGAUGGGCGGAUAAUAAUCUCAAGGAAGAAACCAACAUGUUCGAGACAAGGAGCUUACUUGAAAUAUGUUAUGCUCACUGGGGAAAAGAUUUUUUCUGAGAUUGUGCAUGAAGCGCAUGCUGUUGUACUGGCAGGGGGAACUCUGCAACCAAUAGAAGAAACAAGAGAGCGACUUUUUCCAUGGUUACCAUCAAAUCAGCUCCAUUUCUUUUCAUGUAGCCAUAUUGUCCCUCCAGAGAGUAUAUUGCCACUUGCAGUAUCUUGUGGACCAUCUGGCAGAUCUUUUGACUUUAGCUAUAAUUUGAGAAGUUCAUCAACUAUGAUAGAGGAACUAGGGCUCUUACUCUGCAAUUUGGCAACAGUUGUUCCCGAAGGAAUUGUUGUGUUCCUUUCUUCAUUUGAAUAUGAAGGACAGGUCUAUGAUGCAUGGAAAACCUCAGGAAUCCUUGAAAGGCUUAUGAAGAAAAAGUACAUCUUCAGAGAACCUAGAAAAAACACAGAGGUGGAGGUCAUUCUCAAGGAGUACAAAGAAGCCAUUGAUAAUCCUGCUCCUAGAAGUGGUGCAAUACUGCUAGCUGUAGUUGGUGGCAAGAUAUCAGAAGGCAUCAACUUCAGUGAUGGGAUGGGUCGGUGCAUAGUCAUGGUUGGACUUCCCUACCCUAGCCCAUCUGACAUUGAAUUGUUGGAAAGGGUAAAGCAUAUUGAAGGUUUGGGUGAUUCAAGUACUAUGAAAAGCCUAAAACUUUCAUCUAGUGAAGAAUAUAACAGAGGAGACAUUCAGGCUGCUUUCAACAUACUAAGAAGUUGCACGUGCAGGGGGAAAGAAUACUAUGAAAAUCUCUGUAUGAAAGCUGUAAAUCAAUCAAUUGGAAGAGCAAUUCGGCACAUAAAUGACUAUGCUGCAAUUUUAUUGGUCGACAUCCGUUACGCAUCAGAUUCUUCAAAAAGAAGUUUUUCUCAUCCAAGCAGCAAGCUACCACAGUGGAUAAAAGAUCGUCUUGCUUCUGCAACUAAUAAUUAUGGUGAAGUGCACAAGCUGCUGCAUCACUUCUUCAAAUUGAACAAGAAUAGAGGUUGUAAGUAAAAGUCCUUUAGGUUGUAAUGGGAUAGCGAAAGCCCUUAUAUUAUACACAAGUGAGGAGACCUUACAUAAAGCCAAUGGUUUUUCAAGUCGCCUGGGCUGUUGCAGUCUUUGGCAGAGAAGAACACUUAAAGUGGAAAAGGUAACUGUGGAUAUAUUGGUAGACUUUCUUCCUUUACAUAAUCAGGCCUCAAAUUUCGCUAAAAAUGUAUCCCCCUCUUUGAUUCUUUUUCCCCCUUCCCCACUUAUAGUUAGCAUUUAUUCUUUUUUAUUUUCUUUUUGUAGAAGGUCAAAAAAGCACUUAAAUAAGUUAAUAUUAUGACAUACAUAAUUUUUGUACUUUCCUGUACAAUUGAGAUGUGUUUUGUUUUAGAUAUUAAAACCUCUGCUACUGCAUAUGUCUUAUCUGAACAUAAGUUUUCAUGUGUUUUAAGGGGGACAUAGGAAGGAUUAGUGCAAGAAAAAGAAGUUGAGAAGCCAUGUUGGGCUGCUUUUAGCUUCAGACAUCAGCUCAAUGACCCAAUGCUUCAGCUUUAAGCAUCAGUUAAAUGGCCCAAAGCAAACAUAGACAUAUGGGGUCAAAAAGUUCCUUUAACCAUAUCUAACUGCUUUUGCUUCUUUAUUUUUUUUUUUUUCU